UCGUUGCGUCAAGUACAUAAUCGAAGUGAACUGUCACCGCGAUUCCAGGCUGAGACGCCGUUGGAGGACAACCGUCAGCCGCCGAGCGACUCGAAGAGCAACGCCACCGAGAUACCGCAGCCUCAGCCGCCACCGUCGACGCCAACGCGCGCCCGCAACGUCGCGUCACCCUCGUCCACCGUCGUGACGCCCCGGGCGGUGAGGAACGGUUUGGCCAAGUCUCCGGAUGCCACGACACCCAGGAGGCAGCUCGCGCAUGAGACGGACGGACGCGCGUCGAAAACACCGUCGCCGGACGCGACGGAGGGUGGAAUCGCAGCGAAGGGCCGAUCGCCGAGGUCGCCGCGCCCACCCAGCAGCCUGCGCGUCAAGUCCGCCACCGAGAGAUCCUCACCCGCCACACCUCGCGCGUCCCCUAACACGCCCCCCAAAACAUCCCCCGGCACACCGAGGAAAGCGUCCGCCAGGGAGCUGCGUCUUCCGAAGCUCGCGUCGUCGCCGGCACCGCCGCAGGAAGCAAGUCCGGCACCCGACAGCCAUUCAAAGAUCACCUUGCCCAAGCUGAUCGAGCCGUCUUCGCAGGCCGCCCGGAUGGCGUAUUGAGAGUCCGAGAACGGUCUUUGUAGCGUUUAGCGCGCGCCUAGGCGCUUCCGCUCGCCUUACUUCCGCGCGCGCUUUCUCUCGUAUCCGCGGCUCCUCCGCUUGCUUUCGCAGUAGAUCGUUCCGUCUAUCGGCGAACGUUUCUUCGGAUUUGUUUCCGUCCUGGUGAUUUUUCGUGCCACUUGCGUAAUCUCACGCUGUGCUGUGCUUUCCCGAAGAGUUAUCACACGGAAAUAAUAGCCCGAGGUGCAUAGGGAAAGAUUUUUUUUGUUCUAAAUAUUAGUACUCGAUAGUUAAUGAUUAUACGUGAGGAAAAUUAUUAACUCUCGAAUACUAAUAUUUAAAAAAAAAAAAAUUCUCUAAUAUUCGAAAAAUAUUAGUAUUAGAAAAAUUUUCCUCGUGUAUAAUUGUUCCGAGGGGAGGGAGGAACUGUUACUCCGAAGAAUCGGUAAACAUCUAAUUUUCUCAAUUUUCUAUAAGUAGAGAGAUUCGGUGUUUCGAUACUUUUUCCAAAGGAAUAUCUACUCGAAAUUUACGCACAGGAGCUCACAUACGGAAGAGAGCGCGAGACAUGAAGCACCUUGUAUAGUCGGCGGCUGAAGCAUAGCAACGCGUUUUCUUCGGUGUGUUUUGAGACAGACGGAAAUCGCCGGAGCCCCAUCAGACGAUUUUCACCUGUUUUGAAUCUCGUUAAAUUGUCAAAGUGUCGCAACCUUCACGCCGUCGAUUAUGCAUCUCACAAAGAACACGCAGAAUUAGUAAUAACUUAGAAGGAACAAGGCUAGAAAAUUAUAACAAAUCGCACAUUUUACAACAGAUAUCUUCCUUCUAUUAAUGUGCAGUUACGAGUAGAGUUGAGCGAUGACCGAUCGAUGAAUCGACUUUUCUUCUGUCAAAAGAUCAACUACCCUUCCAGUGUUCUUUUCCAAGUUUUUCUUUUCAAUUAAUUUCUACGUGGAGACAACGUUUCAGAUUAGAUAUUACUUUUUAACAGUAUGAUCCAUCGCUGAGUUGAGAGAAAUGUUUCUUGCUGUUAAAUAGAGACAAAAGCUAAAUCUUUCUCCACACCACAUGUUCCUAGCUCCAAGUGGAGAUAAACUUUUUUAUUGUAAAAAUAAUCUCUCUGUCAUGAAGUAAGAAUAAUUCGAUUUGAAAAUAAGUUGAAGAACCGAGACGAAACGGAAUAGGGGCUUGAUCCUUUCUCGCAAGUCCUACUUUUCCAACCAAAUCAUGUAAUUUCCAACCCCGUGUCUUCCUCUGUGUGGAAGAUUGACUUUUAACGGGCGUCGGAAACAAGAGCGUCGUUCGGCAUCAAUUGACGUUAGCAAAUUAUUAACAAUAUUAAUUCGAUGUUAUGAAUUAAGUUGCAAUAUUCUAAACUCCGUCCUUCCUAGCUGUCUUAUAUAACAAAAUUGGUCGAAACUAGAUUUUUUACAAGGCGUUUCUAACAACUCGCAUCACUUAACGCCGGAGAGCAGCAUUUUCAAAAAUAAAUUUAAGAUAUAUAUGAUAUACUUGAAACGCGAUACCACGGGCGCACGUUCGUGCGUCAGAGUAGUAAAAAGAGUGACAAUUUGAGAAAGGAUAUGGGAGAUAAUAUGAGAAAUUGCGAAUAACAUACGCAAGAUAUAUAGAAGUAAAAAUAUAUAAUGUAUUUAGACAUGUAUAUUCAGAUAAUAUAACGUUGUAGUAUAAA